GGUAUUUUAAAUGUCUUCAUAACUUAAUUUGACAGAACAGAAAUAGUAAGAAUGGCAGCAGCAGCAAUGAGCUAAACCCUUAUAGAGAAAAAUCAGUUCGACAAAAAUGGCAACACUAACAUGCCACUGCUCAUCUCCUUCACUACCAAUUCCAAAACUCACCUCAAAUUCUUCACUUCCCUUUCUCCACAAAAUCCCAAAUCCACAAUUUUUUACUAAUAAAUAUUCUUCAAUUAAGUACCUAAACUGGACACAUAGUAGACCUUCCAUUAUUCUUCAAUGUUUACUUUCCGAAACCGAAGCCGAAACUGAAACUGAAGAGGAAGAUGAAGGAGAUGGGGCUACGUUGUUACCAGUGAAGAAGAAGAGAAGGAGGUACAGGAAGCAAUAUCCAGGUGAGAAAAAGGGUAUUACUGAAGAAAUGAGGUUUGUUGCUAUGAAAUUUCGUAGUUCCGAAGACAAGAAGAAAUCGGGGAAUAAUGAUGAAAUGGAAGAUAGUAAUGGGUAUGAAUCAGUUUCGUCGAACGAAGAUGAUACUGGUGGUGAAGAGAGUUGGGAGCCAAGUAUGGAAGGUUUUAUCAAGUAUCUUGUUGAUAGCAAGCUUGUUUUCAGCACAAUUGAGCGUAUCGUUGAUGAAUCUAGUGAUGUUUCUUAUGCCUACUUCAGAAGGACUGGUUUGGAGCGAGCAGAAUGCAUAUCAAAAGACCUAGAAUGGUUUAGCCUACAGGGUCACGUGAUUCCUGAACCGAGCGAUCCUGGAGUCACUUACGCCAAUUAUCUGGAGGAACUGGCAGAAAAGACUCCUCGUUUAUUUCUCAGCCACUUCUACAACAUAUAUUUCUCACACAUAGCAGGAGGUCAAGUCAUAGCCAAAAAGGCAUUUGAGAGACUCGUAGAGGAAAAAGAGUUGGAAUUCUACAAGUGGGAGGGGGAUGAAGAAAAGUUGUUGCAAAGCGUGCGUGAAAGUUUCAACAUGCUAGCUAAGCAUUGGUCUAGAAAUGACAAGACUAAGUGCCUGAGAGAAGUAACCAAGGCAUUCCGCUUUAUGGGGCAAAUUAUUCGGCUAAUCAUCCUGUAAAAGCCAUUCCAAUCCAAAGCCAAACUUGGUUUCUCAAUGCUGGGUCACGCGUGUUGUGCUCGUGAACAACUUGUGCAUAUUUGCACUGAACUGGAUAGAUCGACAACUGAGAGGAUUGUCAUCAGUCACGUUCAUCAAGCUGCAGCUGGGUGAAUAUUGUUGUAUGUAGAGGCAGGUGGCGUUACUCUUUUCUUUCCCUGGUCUUCUGGUUUUAACUUGCAGAGUCCUCGGGAGCAUUUGAAACUUGAAGGAGAGAUGUACUUCCGUAGAAUCUCUUUAUUUUCCUUUACAAGAGGCCCCCCUACGGGAGCUUGGUGGAAUGAAGAGAAGUGAGCCAAGAGUUGAUGUGUUUCAAGGAGCUGGAAAUCAAGUUCCUGGGGAUAACCAUUUUAGAGUCAUUAAUUUGCCAAAUGGAUAUUUGGGAUAUGAUACAAAGUUAAAUGAUAAUUGUGUUUCCCUCACACAUCUAAGUGUUCAUAUCGUCUCUGAGAAGGCAAUAUUAAAAGGUGUUGAUCUA